AUGCCCAGAGAGAUGCACGCUGCUUCCAGGAAGGAAGAUCAGAGGGCUGCUAUUAAUGAAGCAGCACUGCGGCACCAGCAGCAUCUUGCACAUUCACCAUCCAUUGUAAUGGAGCACGUGCAUUGCACCUCCUACUCCUAUUCCUACUGCUAUCCUGCUGAGGCGCCAGCCGCGACGGCGUCGCUCCCCUUCGACACGGCCGACGGCGACGAAAUGUACAUGCAGCUUAACGCUCUUCUCCUCCAGAUGGAGGCCGACGACGAGAGCUCCGACUCGUUCUCCUCCUCGUCCCCGGCCUCUUCCUCGGAGGCGGGAACGGCGUCAGCGACCACGAGCGACGAACAGCCGUGGCGGGAAUCCUCGUCGACGGCCGAGGAGCGGUGGCGGCCGGAGGCCUUCAUCGGGGUGCGCAAGCGGCCGUGGGGCAAGUUCGCCGCCGAGAUCCGGGACUCCACGCGCCGGGGCGCCCGCGUGUGGCUCGGCACCUUCGACACCCCCGAGGCCGCCGCGCUCGCCUACGACCACGCCGCCUACGCCGCGCGCGGCGCCGCCGCGGUGCUCAACUUUCCCGUGGAGCGCGUGCGGGAGUCUCUCGGGGCGCUCGCGCUCUCCGUCUCCGCCGGGAACUCCCCCGUGCUGGCGCUGAAGCGCCGCCACUCCAAGCGCACGCGCAGGAGCAAGCUCUCUGCCGCAAGCAGCAGCCUCAAGACGCAGCGGCAGCCGACGACGACGUUACAUUUCUCCGGCGUGUCCGUCAUGGACGUGGUUGUUCCGCAGCGUCACGAGGCGUCGCCGUGCUCCUACGGCACGGUGGAGCUUGAGGACCUCGGCGCCGAUUCCUUGGAGGAGCUCCUCCGGGUAUCCUCCGAGUUGCAGUUCUAG